GGGAGGAGUAUUGGAGCGUUCUGCAAAGCAUGCUUAUUAGGAAGGUAGUCAUUGAGCCAAAAGUUAGUUGUUGAGCCAACAUUUAUCUCUGAACCACACUGCAUUGCUUGCUAUUGAUUGGGCAGAUACGGCGCUAGGGCGCUUGUCUCGCUGUGCAGCAGCUCGCAUGGCUCGGGCAAUUGGCGUGAGGGCGUCGCUGAGACACCUCCACUUUUCCUCACUGCAGAUUGCCUCUCCAAGUCGAGAAUGCAACUCUACUCCUGCAGCCUGCCAUUUCUCUUCCUUCUUGUCCAAUUGCCGACCGCAGCAUUCUGUUCGAUCGAACCCACAUAGUUCUGUGGCUGGAGAAGUGACACAUACUAGUUGCCAAAGGCAGGGGAACACGCUAUUAGGAACAGACUUUUGGGGUCAGUGUCAGGGGAUGCGCUCCAGCAAUAGUGCUUGGGGCGCCAGUGCGUUUGCGGAGGGACUGCGAUGGGGGGGUGGCAAUGCGAAGGAGGCUAGGAGGGGCUUCCUUACUUCUCCCAUCAUGAUGGGGAGGAGGGCAGCUAAGAUUGCAACUAGAAAGGGAGCGCAGGAUAAGAAGAAGGCCAAGGUCUACGGAAGGAUCGGCAAGCAGAUUAUCUCAGCUGUGAAAGCGGGGGGCACUGACGCGAACGCCAAUGUCCAGCUGGCGGCGGUCUUGCAAGCUGCCCGACAGUCGAAUGUACCGAAGGACAUUAUUGACCGGAAUAUAAAGAAGGCGUCGGACAAGGACCAAGCCGAAUACAUCCAACAAACGUACGAGGUAUAUGGCGCGGGGGGCGUCGGGAUCGUGGUGGAAGCGUUCACGGACAACCUGAAUCGCGCAGCGGCCAACAUUAGGGACGCCGUAAAAAAGGCGGGUGGAAAGAUGGCGGACCCGGGGUCGGUGCUGUUCAACUUUGAGCGAAAAGGCAUCAUAAGCGUAUUCGCGGACGAGCUGGAGGCGGACGAUCUGAUGAUGGCGGCCAUGGAUGCGGGGGCCGAUGACGUCAAGCUGCCGGAGGAAAAUGAGGACAGCGAGGAAGAGGAGGGCAGCAGGCGCUUCAAGGUCAUCUCUGAGAUGGACCAGUUCUCUGCCGUCAAGUCAAGUUUGGCGGAGAACAGUAUACACAUUGACGAAGAAGACUCGGGCUUGGCAAUGGUUCCACUAGCACACAUAGAGGUUGACGACGCCGCCGGUGAAGUCAACGAAGCCAUCAUGGAAAGACUGCUAGAUUUAGACGACGUGGAUUCAGUAUUCAGUAACAUGGCGACCUAGGACGGCACUGGAAUGUGUAAGUUCAAGUUCCUGUUACGGUACCGUAUUGGCUUCUGUUGGAGAGGCGAAGGAUUUGACGGUAACCAAAGCUUUGACCCAGAUCUAGCGGACACGUUGUACUCAAACUUGCGGCGAGUUGCGUACUCCGGCAACUUCCGAAACGGACUGGAACUGCAAUACGGUACGUGUUGUGCACGUUCAACUGGCGGUGGCGCGGCCUUUGGCGCGGCACGUUCUGAAAAU